GAGAGAAGAUGGCGGCGGGGUGGCUGUGGCGGCGGCUCUCUCAGGGAUCAGCUUUUCCUGUCAGUUAUGCAAGCAGAAUCAUGCAAAAGCAGUGUUUUCUUCCAAGCUCUGACUUGAUGGGAGCACGGCUGGCUGGAUCCCAUGUUGAUACACAGGAGCCUAAGACUAAUCCUUUGGUAUCUAUUUCAGAUGAGCCAGAAACACUGUACAAGAGAUUGUCCCUUUUAGUUAAAGGCCACGAUAAAGCUGUGUUGGACAGCUACGAAUAUUUUGCAGUGCUUGCAGCUAAAGAACUUGGCAUCUCUGUUGAAAAAGUACAUAAACCUCCAAAGAAGAUAGAACGAUUGACACUUUUAAAAUCUGUACACAUUUACAAGAAGCACAGAGUUCAGUAUGAAAUGAGAACACAUUACUUGUGUUUGGAGUUAAAAUACCUAACAAGCAGUACUGCUGCAGUUUACUUGGAGUAUGUUCAACGAAACUUACCUGAAGGGGUUGCCAUGGAAGUGAAAAAGACGAAGAUAGAGAAAAUACCUGAACACAUUCAGGAACCAGUUUGGGAUACACUACCUCAAGUAGAAGAAACUGAAGUCAAGUCAUGAACUCACCAGGUACUUGGCUCCAUUAGUGCUGAAAUUAGUUGCUCCUAUCAACCUAAUUUACUGAGAUGGUCUACUGUUAAAUAAAAGUUCUCUUCUAAAGUAAUUAUAUAAACUCUUAUUUCAUCGAGUUAUUCUUGAUCAUUACUCCAGUACAUGUAGACUAAACAGCUAUAAAGUGAAGAAGUUUGACUGUACUCUGUCAUCAGGAACU